AUGGCAUGCCCCAUCUCUCUUUUUCUCCUCCUCUCCUUAUCAAGUUUCCUUAGGGCUGGGAAAGCUGAGUCAAUCUCUCAAUGUGAAGUUGAAUUGCUUCAAUUCGCCUUGAACUUGGAGUACUUGGAAACUGAAUUCUUCUUGUCUGGGGCUCUUGGCCAUGGCUUGGAUAUUGUCGCACCUGAUCUAGCCAGGGGAGGUUCUCCUCCUAUUGGAGGCCAAAAGGCCAAUUUGGGCUUCUUUGUGAGGGACAUCAUUAUCCAAUUUGCUUAUCAGGAGGUGGGCCACUUAAGGGAAAUUCAACAGAUGGUGGGUGGGUUUCCGAGGCCGUUGAUGGACCUGAGCUCGACCAACUUCGCCAAGAUCAUGACAAAAGCGAUGGGGGCCCCACUCCAUCCACCGUUCGAUCCUUACCUCAACGAUAUCAACUUCCUUCUUGCUUCCUAUCUCAUCCCUUACGUUGGACUCACUGCCUACGUUGGCACAAUGCCCUACCUUAACUCCACCUCUAUCAAACGACUGGUGGCCAGUCUCUUGGCAGUGAAGUCCGGCCAAGAUGCUGUGAUCCGUUCGCUUCUCUACAGGCAUGCACUCCAGCCAAUCUACCCUUACACUUCCAACGUUGCAGAGCUAACCAACCGGCUUUCCGCUCUUAGAAACCGGCUAAGCAGGUCCAGCAACAAAGAUCAAGGCCUCCUCGUCUCGCCCCAUGGUUGGAUUGGUGGAUCCAGCUCCGGCAACAUCAUCUACAGCAACAACAACUCGAUCGCGUACUGGAGAUUUCCACGCGAGACGCUGAGGAUCUUGUAUGGCACUGGCCAUGAAGACCGCCCGGGCGGGUUCUUCCCUAUCGGCACCAAAGGCGCGGUGGCCCAAAUCUACCUGGCCAAUGCCACUUCAGCAUGCCCUAGGCUGUCGAAAAAUAACAACCAUUGA